AUGUCUCUGUUCGGGCAGCCCAGCACGAGCACUCAGCCUGCGGGAGGCGGUCUGUUUGGAUCUACGAACACCAACACCCAACCCUCUGGCGGUCUGUUUGGCUCCACGAACACGAACACGCAACCCUCUGGUGGCGGCCUCUUCGGCGCAUCGAACAAUAACACGACCCAGCCCGCGUCAGGGGGACUUUUUGGGAACACGCAGAACCAGACGCAGAAUAAUACAGGAGGCGGUGGUCUCUUUGGCGCGUCGAACACGAACACCACGAGCAGUAAUCCAUUAUUUGGCGGCAAGCCUGCGGGCAGCAUUUUCGGGAACAAUAGCACGACCACAGGAUCGACGGGUGGGGGAGGGCUGUUCGGAUCAACGAACAACAACAACCAGCAGCAGCAGAAUCAGGGCAGCUCACUCUUCGGCGGCACGAACACGAGCAAUGCCGGUACUGGCAGUGGUGGGGGGCUGUUUGGGAACACGACGAAUACGAACUCGCAACCGGCGCAAGGGGGAGGAUUCAAGCCAGGAGGGCUCUUUGGUUCGACAACGAAUCAACAAGCGGGAUCGAGUACGGGUACGGGAUCUCUUUUCGGAGGGGGCCAGACACAGCAGCCCAGCGGCGGUCUGUUCGGCCAGUCGACGAACACCAACCCACUGUUCGGCGGUCAAUCCACCAAUACCAACUCCCUCUUCGGUGCCACACAACAACAAAACCAGCCCGCACCUGCGCAGAGCCUCCUCAUGUCGCGCGCCACUCAGGCGCAGACGCCUCCCGCAAACGACCCUCAAUCGCAGUUCCUUCGCCUCCAGGCUCGUAUGGAGGAAAUCUACAAUGCAUGGAACCCGCAGAGCCCACAGUGCCGCUUCCAACAUUACUUCUACAACCUCGUCAUGCCUGAGCAGGUCGCCAUGUAUGGCCGGCCAGCGAACGCGACCAACGAGGCCGCUUGGCAAGAAGCCGUAAGAAGAAAUCCUGACCCACCUCGUCUCGUCCCUGUCCCCGCGAAUGGCUUCGGCGACCUCCGCGCCCGCGUCGAGGGGCAAACAAAACACGCCGCCGAGCACCAGGAGAAGAUUAAAGACCUCCAAUCCCGCAUCGCCAAACUCCGACACGCCCACGAGCUCGAAAACCACACGAAGCUGCAGCGCGCCGCCGCGACGCAGAUGCAGGUCACGCACCGGCUGCUCAAGUUCGUCGCGCGGCUGUACCUCCUGAUACCGUCAGUGCGGCAGAGCACGCUGCUGCCGGAGGAGGAGCAACUGAGGGCGGCGCUGGAGGAGAUUGAGGAGGAUUUGGCGCAUGGGCAGGGCGGAGGGCGGAUGCGGGCGAAGCUGAAUGAGCUGUGGGCGUUGGUGGGCGUGUUGAGCGCGGCGAAGGAGCGGCAGGUGUCGGGCGCGGGCGAGUGGGCGGUGGUGGAUGAGGAGGGGUUGGCAAGGAUUGGACAGAUCCUCGCGGACCAGCAGUCCGGGCUGGCUCAUUUGACGAAGGUCCUAAAGAAGUCGCAGCGGGAUAUCGCUGUAAUCUUAGGCCAACGACCGACGGACCUCGACGACGUGGAUGGCGACGAGCUGUGGGGUUCUGCAGCUGGUGCCUUGCGUGCUAGCACCUUACGAUAG